AAAAAGGAAUAGAGAGGCGUUUGUUGCCGCUUAUUUUCGCUGCCAACGAACGCAACCCAUUUACACAAGAAAACCACAGCGAAGAAAGAAGAAUCUCCGGCUACAACUCAGAGCAAAAGCAUGGCGGCAACUGUCUCACCGUGGGGCAAGCCCGGAGCUUGGGCUUUGGAUGCGGAGGAGCACGAGGCGGAGCUUCUCAAGGACCAGCAGGACCACUCCCGCCACCAAUCGCAGCCCAGUACUGACUUUCCAUCCCUCGCCGCCGCGGCCGCCACCAAGCCGAAGAAGAAGAAAGGUCAGUCCAUUCCUUUGUCGGAGUUUCAGACCUAUGGCGGUCCAAAGCCGUCCGCUCAAUCCAGUGAUCCAAAGGGUCUUACGGCCGAAGAUCUAAUGAUGCUUCCGACGGGUCCGCGUCAGAGAACGGCGGAGGAGAUGGACCGCAACCGGCUUGGUGGAGGGUUCAAGAGUUGGGGUCAGAAUAGUUUGUAUGACAGAGGGAAUCGAUAUUCUAACUCGGAAGAUUCGUCGAAUUCUCGACGGGGUUCUAGGGUUUUUGAUGAGUCAAGGAGGAGCAAUGAUGGAUCUGAUAGAGAAUUCCGAAGGGAACCGUUGCCCUCUAGGGCUGAUGAGAUUGAUGAUUGGGGAGCCGGGAAGAAGCCUAUGAUGGGUAAUGGAUUUGAGAGGAGAGAGAGAGGAGGAGGUGGAGGUUUUUUCGAUUCGAACUCGUCGAAAGCCGACGAAUCGGAUAGUUGGGUAUCAAGUAAGAGCUUUACACCUUCUGAAGGUCGGAGAUCAGGCGGUGGUUUUGAGAGAGAGCGAAGAGGAGGAUUUCCCUCGAGCGGUGGUGGCGCCGAUUCAGACAGUUGGGGCAGAAAAUCUGAAGGGGUUAGAGGUGGAAUUGGUGAGAGGCCGAGGCUUAAUCUUCAGCCUCGUUCAAUCCCUUUGAACAAUGGGAAUCAGGAGGCUUCUGGUUCUGCAGUAAAGCCAAAGGGGUCGAAUCCUUUUGGAAAUGCAAGACCAAGGGAACAGGUAUUGGCUGAAAAGGGACAAGACUGGAAGAAGAUUGACGAGCAACUCGAAUCAAUGAAAAUUAAGGAUACGGUGGAGAGGACUGAGACAUCUAGUGGGGCUUCGUUUGAGAGAAGAAAAGGCUUUGGAGUUCGAAGUGGUCGGUCUCCUGAAGAUCGGUCAGGAAGGAGUUGGAGGAAGCCAGAGUCUGUGGAGUCUCGUUCCCAAAGUGCUGAGGUGGUUGAAAAUGGACCUGCUGAGGAAAAUUGAAGACAUUCUAUGCAACUGAUACUAAACUUGAAAACUGAAAGCUCUUGAAUUAUUCAUUGUGUUCUUCCAUGGGUACUUUGUGAGUUAUUCUCCUCCAGAACCCCCGCCCCCCUCUCCAACAAAAAAAAAAAAAGCAAAAAACAAAAAAAAAAAAANAAAAAAAAAAAACAAAAACAAAAACAAAAAAAGAAAAGCGAACAGAUUGAAGCAUACAUAUAAAAUUUUUUGUUCUGUGAGUGUUAUUGAUGUGGAUCAAAAGUACAGGACAUUGUGCAAUUUUGGUAGGUUUAAGGUAGCUUUGCUAAUUAGGCCUUUGAUAUGGAUUCAUUUCUACAUCUUGUUGGUGUUCCUGAGAAAUACUGUCCAACUGUACUGUUAUUGUUUACUAAAAUCAGUUUUGUGUUCUGUUGAGAAA